CCAGGUUGGGCCAAUUGCUUCCCGUACAAUUUUUGCCGGCCCUGUCUCCGGUAAGACGGAUUCCGAUUCCGUUGUUUUCUUGCCAAAUCCUUCGCAGCUUGGGGGCGGUUUCGCUCCGGUUCUUGCGCUUCGGCUCCAGGCCAUGGAGCAGCGGAGGUGGCUCGCAGUAGCCGUUUUGAUGUGCCUGCUGGUGCUUUGCUCCGGGAGAGAACUGAAGACCAAACACGUGCCCAUAUAUGACCCAGUGCUGGCCCGGACACUUGCUGAAUAUACUUCUGCUGUCUAUACUGCUGACCUUACCCAACUGUUUACAUGGACAUGUGAGAGAUGUUGUGACUUAACAGAGGGGUUCGAGGUGAUAGAGCUGAUUGUUGAUGUGAAAAAUUGCUUACAGGCAUAUGUUGGAUUUGCUAGAGACAUGAAUGCAGUUAUAGUUGUGUUCAGGGGCACUCAAGAAAACAGCAUUCAGAACUGGAUCGAAGAUUUAUUCUGGAAACAACUUGAUCUCGACUACCCAGGCAUGCCUGAAGCAAAGGUUCACAGUGGAUUUUAUUCUGCUUACCACAACACAACAAUGCGUGACAGAGUUAUGAGAGGUAUUAAAAAUACUAGGAAACUGUAUGGUGAUAUUCCCAUCAUGGUCACAGGACAUUCCAUGGGAGGAGCUAUGGCUUCAUUUUGUGCCCUUGAUCUUAUUGUUAAUGUUGGGUUCAAGGAUGUGUCACUCAUGACAUUUGGGCAACCUCGGAUUGGCAAUGCUAUAUUUGCAUCUAAUUUCAAAAGAUAUUUGCCGAAUGCAAUUCGAUUGAUCAAUGCACAUGAUAUUGUGCCUCAUUUACCCCCAUACUAUCACUACUUUCCACAAAAGACAUACCACCAUUUUCCACGAGAGGUAUGGAUUCAUAAUGUUGGCCUAGGAAGCCUCGUAUAUUCGAUUGAGGAAAUUUGUGAUGAUUCUGGAGAAGACCCGACUUGUAGCAGGUCCGUGAGUGGAAACAGCGUGCAUGAUCAUGUACACUAUCUUGGCAUCAGCAUGCAUGCCGAGUCAUGGGGACAUUGCAGAAUCGUUACGGACAAUAGUACCCUGCCACAGCAGUAUAAGAUGGAUCCUGAUGGCAAUAUAAUCUUGUCGAAGCAGCCUGGCUUAUCAGUAAAUGAACUACACAGUGCACAAUGAAAAACUCAAGAUAGCGUUAAUAAAUUUCAUUUCUUGUAUGAUCCUCUGAUGGACUUGAAGGGGAUAUAUUAGGACGGACGACCUUGGCUACAAAAAAAAGGCAGCAAUCUCCAUUCUAUAGGAUGUAUGUACAUAUGUCUGUGAUGUUAGUUCCAAACCUUAGCAUCUGCUAUCUGUAUAUGAUGUUGCAGUAAAAUCAAACUUCUCUUUACACGGAAUACUGUUUUGGUCUUGC